AUGGAUUCUUGGCAUGAUAUGGAAAAAUGCAAUCUCAUCGGAAUAGUAAAACCUACAAAACAGACAAAAUCAAAUCGUCCUUUCAAUGCUCAUAUUAUUCAAAAUUUUAUUCUAAUUUGGUUACAUUCGGAGAUCGAGGAAAUAAAUGAUAAUGAGAUUCAUAAUUCCAUCACGGAAUUAAGACGAAUUGUUAAUACAGUGAUUAGAUUUACUGAUAUUGAUGAAUGCAUUGAUGCUAUUACUAAUAUUGAAGAUGAAAAAGUUCUUAUGAUUAUUUCCCAUGAAUCAGAUGAAAAUAUUGUGUCAGUUGUACAUAAUAUUAUUGAAAUUAAUGCCAUCUAUAUUUUUUCAAAAAAUGAAUCACAAAAGAAAAAGUUGACACAACAAUGGUCAAAAGUUAAAGAUAUUUUUUCAUCAAUUUCGUCCAUUGGUGGUGCUCUUAAACAAGACUCACAAAAAUGUGAUCACGAUUCGAUGCCGAUUAGCAUUAUAUCAACACAUAUUGAAAAAUUAAAUGAAAAUUUAAAUCAGUUCGAAACAACAUUUAUGUAUACCCAAAUAUUGAAAGAAAUUUUAUUGACAAUCAACUUCAAUCAACAACAUUUGGAAGACUUUACUAAUUAUUGUCGUGAAAAUUUUGUUGAUAAUGCUGUUCAAUUAAAAAUUAUUAAGGAAUUCGAAAAAGAUUAUUCUAAUCAUUCACCGAUCUGGUGGAAUACUCAAGAGUCUUGUCUUUACUCGAUUCUUAGCCGAGCUGUAUGA